UUAAUGGUGGGGUCCUCUCUCUCUCUCCUCUCUCUCUCUCUCUCUCUAUCUCUCUCUCUCUCUCUCUCUCUUCAGACAGCUAUUACUGUCUGAGAGAGUCUGCAACAGUCCCUACUCACUUUUGAACCCGAUCGAUCGAACCAUUUUUCACUCUUCCUUUUUGAUAUGAUCAUUUUUCAACUCUUCUUCUUCAAUCUUCAAAUGGCAACACUCACUUUUUCAUUCUCUCCUUGAAUGCUUUCCCAUUUUACUCUUCUUUGUAUAAAGAUGCUCAAAGAAAUGCUGCUCCUCUUCAUUCUUCUUCUUCAUUGUGUGCGUGAGUCUCAUAGCAGUAGAGUUGAUCAUGCUCAAGGUCAUGUUCAAUUGGAUAACCGCAUGGAUUCCAUGUUCCCCAAAAUUUCGCCACUUGGUGCUCCACAACCCUUUCUUCCUCUUCUUGCGCCCUCACCAUUGACUCCAUUCACCAAUAUCUCUAUCCCAAAGUUAUCAGGACUCUGCACUUUGAACUUCACUACUGUUGAAAGUUUGCUAAGUGUGACAGCACUUGAUUGCUGGGAAGCUUUUGCACCUUAUCUGGCUAAUGUCAUAUGUUGUCCCCAGUUGGAAGCCACUCUCACAGUUCUCAUUGGUCAAUCAAGUAAACAUACCAAUGUACUCGCAUUAAAUGCCACUGUUGCUAAACAUUGCCUUUCAGAUGUGGAGCAGAUUUUGAUGGGGCAGGGUGCCAAUGGUGAUCUGAGGCACAUAUGUUCAGUUCGUUCUUCAAAUCUCACCGAGGGAUCUUGCCCGGUAAAAAGUGUGAAUGAUUUUUAUGACAUGGUGGAUACUUCAAAGUUGCUUGCUGCUUGUGAGAACAUCGAUCCUGUCAAAGAAUGCUGCUACCAAGUUUGUCACAAUGCUAUAUUAGAAGCAGCUACAACAAUUGCAUCAAAAGGUUCUCAUGUUUUGGACUUAGAUGCAUCAGAUGUUCUACCCGAGCAUUCAACUCGGGUCAACGAUUGUAGAAAUAUAGUACUCCGGUGGAUAGCUAGUAAGCUUGAUCCGUCUCAUAGCAAGAAAGUUCUCAGAGGACUGUCUAAUUGCAAAGUGAACAAAGUUUGUCCACUUGUUUUGCCUGACACAAAGCAAGUUGCCAAGGGUUGUGGCGAUGGGAUACGUAACAAAACCGCUUGCUGUAAUGCCAUGGAAAGCUACGUGUCUCACUUGCAGAAGCAGAGCUUCAUCACUAACUUGCAAGCUUUGGAUUGUGCUGAAACUUUGGCAAUGAAAUUAAAAAAAUCAAAUAUUGCCGAUGAUAUUUAUAGUCUUUGUCACAUAAGCCUUAAGGAUUUUUCCCUCCAAGUUGGAAAUCAAGAGGCCGGUUGUCUCUUAUCAAGCUUGCCUUCAGAUACUGUUUUUGACAGUACUUCAGGGGUUAGCGUCCUUUGUGAUCUAAAUGACAAUAUUCCAGCUCCAUGGCCUUCUAUAUCUCAAGUAGCUGGUUCAUCAUGCAAUAAAUCUGUCAACAUCCCUGCUCUUCCUGCAGCAGCAUCUGGUCAAAGUUGUCUCUACAGUCAUGACACGCGGAUUUUCCUUGUUAAUUUAUUCAUUCUCUUUAUGGCACUCAUGUAAUUUAUGAGAGCUUCCUUGUUAGUUAGAUGCAGCUUUCCUAGUCCUUCAACAGUGAGGACUUUUGGAUGGGUGUUAUGUUAAAGGUUAAUUAUCAUUCAAAAUGUAGCCAGUUUUAUGACAAAGAGAGAUCCCAUCCCAAUUGGAGGUGAAGCCCAAUAUGUUUCUGAUCUUAUAGAUUAAUUAAUGAUUAUUGUGCGGUUGUGUAAUAAUUUUUUUGUAUAUAAAGAUAUUUAGAAAGCAUAGGUUAUACAAUAACCUGUCGAGAUUGAAAUGUAUACUUGAAUUGAUGUUUGAUGGUGGUCAUGUAAUUAGUGCUUAGUGUUGUUCUGUAAUGUUUAAUGAAUUUUCAUUAACAGGUAGUGAAGUUGACAGCGAGUAAGUCCUCUCGAUCCUUCAUAA